AUGUCUGCUCCCCAAAUUCUUCGCUCCGAGGACGUUUUGGAGAAGUAUGGCAAAUCACUUGCCGGAAAGACAGUUCUUAUUACUGGUGUCUCCGAGCAGUCCAUCGCGGGUGAGCUCGCCAUCCAGCUGGCUGCCGCUGAUCCCAAGCUCCUCAUCCUGAGUGCUCGCAAGGAGUCUAAUGUAGCUCCUAUUGCCGAAAAGAUCAAAAAUUCCAAGCCCAAUGUCGAAACUAGGUUCCUCAACAUUGACCUCAGCGACUUGAGCAACAUCCGCCAGGCAGUUAAGGAGGGCCUGGCAGAUGUGCCCAAGAUUGACCAUGUGGUCUUUGUGGCGGGUGUGAUGAUCUGCCCUUACGGCAAGACCAAAGACGGGUUUGAGAUGCAGCUCGGCGUCAAUUACCUCGCAAACUUCCUCCUUGUGAAGCUCCUUCUGCCGAAAAUCCAGGCGGCUGGCCCAGGAUCCUCGAUUAUCAUCACGUCGAGUGGAGUCAUGAGACAAGGCAAGGUCAAUUUCGAAGAUAUUGGGUUCAGCGAUGGAAAGACCUACGAGCCAUGGACCGCCUAUUCUCAGUCCAAUGCCGCACGCACCAUGUUCGCGAAAAGGCUCGGCGAGAAGUUGAAGAGUCAGGGCAUUCGUGUCUUUAGCAUUGAUCCUGGUUCUGUCAAAACCGGCUUGCAAAGACACUCCCCUCCUGGCUUUUUUGACAUGGUCGAGGAGUGGAAAAAAGCUGGCCCUCUUGUGGACGCAGAUGGAAACAAGUUUCUCAUACAGCCUUGGACGACUCAGUCGGAAGGAGCAGCGACAAUGAUCACCGGAAUGAUUGAUCCUACUAUCUCCGCUGACGAUAACGGAUCGUACUUGUGCCAAAAUGCCGUGGCAAAGGAUCACAUGCACUCCCAUGUUCGGGAUGAACAGAAUAUCUCGCGACUUUGGAAGAUCAGUGAGGAGAUGAUCCAGGAGAAGUAUGACUUGUAG